AUGAGUUUAGUAAGGAUUCGCCAGUGUAUCAGACUGGGAAGGAACAGUAAACCUAUAUUGGGAUUACUCAUAUGCGGCAGGUCAUAUUCGACGACUGAUACAAUCAGAAAGGCAGCCUCGAGGUCUGAGAAGAUCACAACGAGCUUCAAUCUAUCGGAUCUUCCAACGCGGAAGCUUGGUGACGAUGGACAACCUCUUCCACCACUAGGAAAAUGGAGAGAACAUGUGGUAUCGCAUGCAAACGUGGAUGAUUUACAAAAUGCUUCACCUCAACUCGAUACUGCCGUCUUGUCGCCUGCCGAGGAGCAAGCCGAGAUCGACAGGGCUAUAGCAGCAGGUAUUAUACCAAGCUCCGAUCUUUCAAGAGAGGUAUAUACCAACUGGCUUAGAUUCCCGGACUGUAUUCUUUUGACCAGAGUAGGGAAAUUCUAUGAAUCAUAUUUCGAACCCGCUCGGCAAUUGUCCUCAAUACUGAAUAUUAAACUUGCUCAAAAAUCAUACAAAGGGAAAGAUAUAGAACGGAAAUUCCCUUUUGCCGGUUUUCCAGUUGCUGCAUUAGACAAAUACCUCAAGAUACUAGUACAGGAAUUAGGUCAUACCGUUGUGAUAGUUGAAGAAUAUGACGAAGAGGGAUCCAUCGCAUAUGUCGGAAAGAAGCUUACUGCUGCUACGGGACCAAAAGAAAGAAGGGUUUAUAGGGUAGUCACUCCGGGUACGAUGAUUGAUGAGGGUUGGUUAGAUGGGAACGAAUCUAGAUACCUACUUGCUAUCUCACUCGGGAAAGAUAAUAUCGAUCUGGAUGGAAAGAAAAGCACUCAAGUAUCAUUGGCUUAUACGGAUGCCUCGACCGGCGAAUUCUUUACUAAAGAAACUACUUUGGCCAAUAUAGAAGAUGAGCUAGCUAGAAUUGCACCUCGUGAAGUCGUUCUCGAUAGAUCACUACUAUCGAUAUGGCAGGAUAACACCAUUAGGCCAAAUUCCAAUAUUGGCAUCGCUACGACAGAUCUCUUCAACCUCCUUCAAGUACUGGGUGUACAUGUAUCUUUCGCCGAUCCAUAUCAAUCGCCUCCAUUAUGGAGCAGUAAUAUUCUUCCUUCCGAUAUACCUUCUCGGCCCAGGACCACAGAGGGUAUCGCAAUAGCACUACUUAGACAUCAUCUUCAAUAUGCCCUACGGGAGUCUAUGCCAGCUUUGACUCAGCCGAGCCGACAGGUCAGCGAAGCUCAAAUGCAAAUCGAUGCAGCAACCUUACAAGCUUUGGAAAUUAGGCAUGCGCUGCGCCCGGGUGGAUUGGUAGCUAUUGGAGAGAGACAAACGAUCUCCCCUGUAUCAUCGCGAGGUACUUUACUCUCUGUCAUAUCAAAGACUGUCACUCAAUCAGGUCAUAGACUAUUGAUCCGUACACUCACUUCACCGUCAACUUCGUUGGAAAUUAUCAAUUCCAGAUUGAACCUGGUUCAAGCGUUUCAUGACAGGGAGGAUCUAAGAGAGGAGCUGAGGGAUAUACUCAGAGGCAUAGAAGAUGUCAUGCGUAUCGUACAGAGAUUUAGAGGACAAAGGGGAAGUAAUAGGGAUAUAUGGGACGUGGGCGUGUGGAUCAGGACCGUCGAAGGUAUAUUAAUUCGGGUCAAGGGUGAACUAGCGUAUGAGAUACAGAAUGACAAGGAUCGAGCUGGAUCAGAAGGAGUCCUACGCCUACAAGAGCUCAUAGGACAAUUUCAGCCCCUUGGUGAUCUAGCUAAGAAGAUCGAAGACUCAAUUGACGAAAAUGCUAUCAUGUGGAGCUCUACCCCGGAAGAGAGCGAAGACGGGGACGAAGAUCCCGGAGAAACUAUGAUAGCCAAUGAGGGAGAAAGAGCUAGUAGCAAAGAACUCAAGGAAAGUAAGAAAGAUAAAAUUGACAGGGAGAAACAAGAAAAAGAGGAUAGACAAUGGUGGAUCCUCCCAACCUUCUCAAAAGAGCUUCAGGCUCUGCAUGAAGAGCUCGCAACGCUGAAGUACGAGAAGGAGAAAUUGCAGUAUGAACUAGCCAAAAGAUACGCCACACCCAAUCUGAAACUUCUCAAAGGGAUGAGGUAUGGAUACCAUGUACAAAUGACGUCAAGUGAAGCUUCAAAAGUUGAGAAAGCCAGAUCGCUAGAGAGAAUCGGUGGGACAAGUGGGAAGAUCGCGUACUUCGCACAUGGUCCUUGGUCAGCUCUGGGCGCUAAGACUGAAAUAGCCAUGGAGACGCUUUCUAUCGCUCAGCGGCGAGCUGAAAGAGAUCUGAGAAGUAUGAUCACUGAACAAGCUGACAGGAUCCAAAAGAAUGCCGAAUUGGUGGACGAGAUAGACCUGACGAUGAGCUUUGCUCAAAAUGCCAAAGAAAUGGGAUGGGUCAGACCCGAGCUGGAUGACUCUACCGACUUGGAUAUUAUAGCAGGAAGACAUCCGUCAAUUGAAUCAUCCCUACUCCAGUCUUCUAGAACUUUCACUCCCAACGACACACAUAUGAACUCGUCAUCCCAUCUACAUAUCAUCACUGGCCCGAACCAAGGUGGUAAAUCCACCUUGUUACGUCAGACAGCAGUCAUAGCAAUCUUAGCUCAGAGCGGGUCGUUCGUCCCUGCUGAGACAGCUAGAAUCGGUAUCGUCGAUAAAGUUUUCAGUCGGAUUGGAGCGAGAGAUGAUCUCUGGAGGGAUAGGAGUACAUUCAUGCUUGAAAUGGUCGAGACCGCUGCCAUUCUCAAAAAUGCUACCAGGAAUUCAUUAGUGAUUAUGGAUGAGAUUGGUAGAGGUACGACCUUACAGGCUGGCGUCUCAAUUGCAUAUUCAACCUUGGACUAUAUCCUAAAUCAUAUUGGAUGUAGAACAAUGUUCGCAACUCAUUAUCAUGAGUUGGGAAGAAUGUUGGCAUACGAAGACGAUCGAAAUGACGGAAAGGGAAUGGGCAGGAAGGGAGUGGAAUAUUGGUGUACCGAUGUUGAUGAGUUGGAUCAAGCUUUCUCGUAUUCUUACAAAGUGAAACCUGGUAUCAAUCAUCAGUCCCAUGCCAUUAAAGCAGCCAGAUUGGCAGGAAUGCCAGAAUCGUUCCUCCAGACAGCCGAAGAUACACUCAAACACGUACAGAAGACAGGGCAGUUUGAUCCACCUCCUACUGUCUCGCAACCCGAAAACACAUGA